GGCCGAGCGUCUGGGAGAGUGGGACAGGGACAAAGAACGGGAAGCGCUGGCCUUGCUGCGCCUGUGUGAUGAUGAAAGAUAUGGGAUCCUCGUGCCUGGAAGAUUUAUGCUCCCACAUUAAUGCAAAGAUUUCAAGUGUUAAAAAUUGUAUCCAGUUGAGAGACAUAGGUGAAGAUGAAUCCCGCAAGCCUGUGCUCCGUAAAAUACAGAAUGAGGUGUACCUUAUACAUGAUCUCCUGAACAAAAUGGAAAUGAUAGUUAAGCAGCAAGAAAAACGGAAAGAUUUGUUAAAAGAGAUCCAGAAGACUGCUGAGAGAGAUCAGAAGGAAGCACAGCACCUCCUUGACCACAUUCCACUCUACCUGCCUAAACCGACCAAGAGCUGCGUCACAGUUCCAACUGGGAAACAGGAAGGACAAAAUAAGGCUGUGGAACCUAAGUGUGCAAAGAAGCCUGCAAAAGGGACAGUAGUCAUUAAAGAAGUGGCACUAAUAACCACAGAGGAGUUUGAAAGUGUUCCUGCGUAUAUGAAAGGCCGUAUAACGUAUGAUCAGAUUAAUGCAGUUGUUCAACAGAUAAACAAGGCCGUGGAGGGCAAGUACAAGAUCUUGUAUCAGCCUUUGAAGUCUAUGAGUGCACCAGUCAGAAAUCUCUACCACAGGUUCAUAGAAGAAGAAACUAAAGAUACAAAAGGAGUAUUUUUUAUUGUGGAGGCUGAUAUCAAGGAGUUCACUCAGCUGAAACUGGAUAAGCGCUUCCACAGCAUCCUGAGCAUCCUGAGGCACUGCCAGAGAGUGAGGGAGCUCCGAGGCUCGGGGCUCAUCCGCUACAUCAUCUGCUGACCAGCUCGGUGCCUGCCUGCCACCCCCUGCGUUCUUGUCCCCACACAGCAGCACGGAGGCACAGGCAGUGCUAAAUCCACCCUAAAUUGGGAGUGGCGUUUUGCAAAGUCGAGUGGAGCUACAGACCCGAACCAGAAAGGCUGCUGGGCACAGGCGGCUAAUCACAUUUUCUGGUCAGCACACGAAAGUAAAGUUUUCUGCAUGUUAA